GACCACAUGAUUCUAGGUGGCGUAGUUUUUUUAUUAUAAUUCAAUGACACGUUUUCUGGGACACCCAGUAUGUACGAGGGGUGUUCAAGUCAAACCUGGGCCCGCUUGCACGAAACAAACUUAGUGUAAUACUUAACGAGUUUCCCACUUAGUGUAGUGCCGGAGCCGUAAGUGGCUUGCACGAAACUUCUACAACACUAAAGUGGUGGCGCUCGCUCCGCGCAGUUUAGGACGCUGGCCAAGGGUCCUAGGAGCACCCUAAACUACCGCACUAAAGCUUAGGACUAACAUGUCGGCCGCUAUGAACCGUGUAUCGAAGAUUCGUCGUUGGUCCCAACUGUAUCUCGCAAUACAGUACGCAUUUUCCUCGCAAUACUAACAACGUCUCAUUUUUUUAUGCUGUGGGUGCCGUACGUGUUGUGCUUUUCGUUAGCAACAUCUCUCAAAAUGAUCGCCGCACGCGAAGUGCCUCUCACCGGCACUGCCGUUGGCGAUAAGUUCCCAAUCAUCGAGCAAUUCGAGACGUAUUUUGGGCCACAGGCUUUAUUUUAUUUAACAAAAGCACGCAACAAGUGACCUAACUCGUUCUUGCAGCUACAAUGAUAGUACAAUACCUUAUUUUGGUUCUACAAACUGUUUACGUGCGACGGCAGAAGCAGACGACUUCCCAGAAUCCAAACAUGCCGUGACGCACGACUUCCUGGGAUGAACUCCGGAAGUUCUCUUUCUACCAAUGAGAGCCUCCGAAAACUGCUACUGCUCGUAGCCACGAUCCACUUUAGAAUACUUGACUUAGGGCGGUCGUCGAAGUGUUCGUGCAAGCCACUUAACCGCAACCCUAAACUUAGUGCACUAACGCGUUAGUGCAACACUUGCCAAGUGUUACACUUAGGAUUGUUUCGUGCAAGCGGGCCCUGGACUUUCUAUCUCCUGAGUGUACAAAUGGCUCGCGCUACUUCUUUUUCGUCAUUUUCACACGCGACAGGCCUCCGCGUUCACCACGUAGGGGUCCAAAGUUUGUGCAAAACAGAAGACACGUGCUCGACAAGGUGGCCGACAACGAGGUAAGCGCGCACAUCGAACAGCGAAUUGUCAUGAAGUUUCUCGUGAAUGAAGGCGUAAAGUCAUCUGAAAUUCACAGAAGACUUCAGGCUCAGUAUGGCCACGAUACACUUCGCCGCAGCAAAGCGCUUGAGUGGUGCAAACGGUUCCGAGACGGCCGUACAUCAGUGCAGGACGAUUCCGGCCGGGGCGGCUCAGAGGCCAGUGUCAGAGUUCCUGAGAACAUCCAACGUUUUUCCACGGUUUUCUGAGACAAGGCUGGCGUUGUACAUGUUGAUUUUCUGCCCAGUGGUACCACCAUCAAUAGUGCAUAUUACUGCCAGGUUCUCAGGGAUGUGCAUAAGGCGCUGAAGGAAAAGCGGCCGGGCCUCAUCACCAAAGGAGUCCUCCUCCUGCAGGACAAUGCACGCCCGCACACUGCGCAGUUGCUGCCACAUCCCCCUUACAGUCAAGACUCGCCCCCAGCGAUUUCCAUCUCUUCGUGCCACUGAAGGCGUUCGCUAAGGGCUGUCACUUCAGCUGCAACGACGAGGUCAAGAAUGCGGUCCGAUCAUGGCUGCUACGCGCCGUGGAACUUGGUAUGCGACCGGAGGUGGAUGAGGUCUUUGGUUCAAAGUGUGUACAUGGCGUUCCUGAUGAUUGGUGUCCUCAUAUAUGGCGUCAUAUCCGAUAGAUGGGGGAGAAGACUGACCCUAUACAUCAGUGCCCCGUUGCUAACUCUAAGUUCCAUGGCCACCGUCUUCAGCCCGAACCUAUACUACUUUCUUGUAAGCAGAAUCGGUAUUGGUCUAGGAAUAUCUGGCCUACAAGUAGGAUCAUUCAGUCUUCUGGCAGAAUCUGUUGGACCGAAGUACCGAAUCGCCUUGAAUAUUGCUUACGGCUACGGAUGGUCAGUUGGCAUGGUCCUACUGCCUGGUAUAGUGUGGUUGGUCCGGGACUGGCGUAAAGUCAUGAUCGCAUGUGCAGCCUUGAGUCUUCCGGCUAUGCUUUUACUUCCGUGGGUGUAUGAAUCUCCGAGGUGGCUCCUCACCACAGGAGACACGGAAAGAACGUUAAAAACAAUUAGGAAAAUUGCACGUUUCAACAAGCGCAACUGUGACGAUCUUGAAAAGAAAGUGGAACUCCUUAUUGAGGACAAGAAAAGGGGAUGUGAAAGGAACAAACAGAGUAUUUCCGUACUGGGGCUGUUUCAGUCGCCACUGUUACGGAGGAACACCUCGAUGCUGGUGGUGUGCAGCUUCCUGUACUUCAUCGUGUACUACGGGUUCGCCAAGUCAUCAACUACCAUCGGAGGCAAUCCUUACUUGAGCUACACGAUGUCAAGUCUCUUGGAGGCAACCGGGUACACUAUUUCUCUUGCAACGACAAAGUAUUUUCGUCGAAGGACCACCAUCGUCGUGAGCUACCUCCUCUUUGGUGCCACGAUGCUCUGGAUGGCUCUUACAGCAAAGGAAAACGUCAGUCUACGGAUAACGCUCAUGGUGGCUGGUCGGUCGUUCUUUACAAUCGCUUUCACAACAAUGUUCGUGUUCCUGAACGAAAUAUUCCCAACCGUUGCAAGAAGCGGAGGCUUUGGACUUUACACCACGGUUGGAAGACUAGGAGCAACCUUGGAGCCGUGGAUAAGCAAUGCCCUUUCUUCGCUUGGUGAGACAUUCGUUUUGGCUGCGUACUGCGUGAUGAUCUUGACCAUUAGUGUGAUCUGCAUGAUGCUUCCCGAGACUUUCGAAAGGGAACUGCCAGACACACUGGAGGAAGGUGAAAAAAUGUGCAGAAAAAGGGUUUCCACGAAAGAAACAGCAAGAGGCGAGAUGGAGUUAGGCGACAUAGCAGAGGAACUCACAGCAGAGAACGUCGAUGACGACACGGCUCACAAAUCUUGAGUGUAUGAAGUAUAAUCAUAGGCUGUGAGGUGCCUCCACCGAUCAAAAAGACUGGUGCUGGUAGUAUAGGCUGUCAGGAACAUUUCUCGAACGACACGUGCAGCAAUCGCCCAACGGUGUUUUAUGUUUACGAGUCAUUUAGAUAAAUCAUCAUGUUCCCGGUACGAUGGGAUAUCCUGUAAGAGAUGCAGCAAUAAAAACCGCCGGAAGAACGUU